AUGGCAAGCAGCAUCAAGAUCAAGGCCGCCAGGAGCCCAGGACACGCAAACACGGAAGACGCCGCCUGCAACGUCGCACCGCCAUUGUACCUUUGCCACCUCGGCUGGCUGUCUCGUGACGACGCCGACACCGCCGCCGCCGCCGCCCCCCUCAUGUCCUCGCCCACUGUCCUAUCGACUGGUCAUCGCGGCAACACGAGCGCCUGA